AUGCACUUGCGAGCUAUUGAAGAUGUUCCUCUCUAUCAGACCAGUUUACGUAUAAUGAAAUUCUGGUCAUUUCUUUUGCAAGAUAAUUGGCGUCGUUAUGUUUGCCUAAUACCGUAUAUUAUGAUUAACACCACACAAUUUUUGGACAUUUACCAUAGUGAAGAAUCGAUUGAUGCCAUUGUACGUAAUGCUUAUAUUGCUGUGCUGUUCUUUAAUACCAUUUUAAGAGCGGUGCUAUUGUGUAUCAAUCGUUUCGAUUAUGAGAAAUUUAUGGAUAAGAUACGUUUGUUGUAUAUUGAAUUGACGGAUUCAGAGGAUAAUGUGAUUAGGGCAUUAGUGCGUGAUACUACUACGGCAGCUAAAUAUAUUGCAAAAAUGAAUUUGCUAAUGGGAUUUUGUUCGUGUGUGGGCUUCGUAACAUAUCCCAUAUUUACGACAUCAAGAGUUUUACCCUUUGGCAUGUAUGUGCCCGGCAUUGAUAAACAUGAAAGUCCUUUCUAUGAAAUUUUUUUUGUCCUGCAAGUAAUUAUAACACCGAUGGGCUGCUGUAUGUAUAUUCCAUUCACUAACAUAGUUGUGGCUUUUAUUCUUUUCGCCAUAUUGAUGUGUAAAGUAAUGCAACAUAAAUUAAAACAAUUGCAUGACGUUAAGGACGAAAAGGCCAGAGAGGUGAUUAUCUGGUGUAUAAAAUAUCAACUGCAAUUAAUAAACUAUGUAAAAACUAUUAAUGAGUUGACAACUUACACUUACUUGGUUGAGUUUUUGGCUUUCGGAGCUAUGUUAUGUGCAAUGCUUUUCCUUUUAAUAAUUGUUGACACAGUGGGCCAAAUGGUCAUUAUCGGCAUCUACAUAUUCAUGAUAUUCUCACAGAGUGUUAUUAUGUAUUAUUAUGCUAAUGAGUUGUACGACCAAAGUUUGUUUGUAGCUGAAGCAGCUUAUAAUAGUGAUUGGUUUCAUUUCAAUGUAAUGACUCAAAAAAUAUUACAUCUGUUAAUACUGAGAGCUCAAAAGCCAUGUGCGAUUUUAGUUGGUAACAUUUAUCCAAUGAACUUGGAAAUGCUGCAGUCUCUGUUAAACACCACUUACUCGUACUUCACUUUGCUUAAGAGGCUUUAUGGUUGA